AUGGGCGCCGGUUCCUCUGCAGCCAAGUACAAAGGUGUAGAGCCUUCAGAGUCCAAUGUGGUCACCGUCAAACCAAGGUCGGUGGACAAAUCACCGGCGAAUUCAGAUGGCGCUGGCAGUCCGGCGUCGUCUCCUCCGUUUGAGGAGCCCAAAUCAACCAGUGAAGCUUCGAAGAGAUUUAUCAGGGAGGUGCCGAAGAUCGAUACCAACCUUACAGAAGAGACGAAACUUGGCACAGGCCAAUGA